AUGAAGCCAACGAAUUUCUGCCCUGCUUCUUCCAUCUUCCUCCUUCUUCCCGCUCCAGCUGCGUUCUCCAGCGUGUCGUCAUCCCAUUCCAUCCUCCAUCUCCCUUUCUCGUCUCCCCGUCGUCGGAGGUUUUCCUCGACCCCUAACCCUAAUUUACACGACCCCAACCAUGUCUUGAGUUACGUGAGGAGAAAUUGCAGAGCUGGUGGUGGUGGGUUUACGAGUGUCGGUGAUGCCCUGUGUUGCUUCGGUAAAUUGAUAAAGGCGAGCCCUUUGCCUUCCCCCUGGGAUUUCAGUCUACUGUUGGGCGCUAUAGUGAGGAUGAAGCACUACUCGACUGCCAUCCGAUUGAUUGAGCAGCUGCCUUCUUUGGGGAUCGAGGAUCAUGCUGCCUUGCUGACCAUUUGGAUGAAUUGCUUCUGCCGGUUAAAGCGGGUCGAUAUGGGCUUCUCUAUUCUGGGCAGAAUCUUCAAGCUUGGGUUUCGCAUUGAUGUGGUGACGUGGAACACCCUGAUUGAUGGUCUCUUUAUUCAGGGCAAAACUGAUCAAGCCUUGAGGUUCCUCGAUGAUAUGGGACGAAAAGGCCCCGAACCUAGUGAGACCACGUAUGCGAUAAUUGCCAAGGGGUUAUGCAGGGCAGGUAACACCAGAUUGGCGAUGGAAUUGCUGAGGGACUGGGAAGAGAGAAGCUGCAGCAUCAAUUCCUUCGCAUACAGCAUAGUGAUGGAUGGUCUUUGCAAGGAGGGAUUGAUCACAGAGGCACUGAGACUCCACGAAAGCAUGAGUAAGAAAGGUAUCAAACCAAAUGUUGUUACUUAUACCUCCUUCAUCCACGGUCUGUGCAACCUAGGCCAAUGGAAAGAUGCUACGGUCUUGUUGGAGAAGAUGAUGGAGGCAGGAAUUGAACCGAACGUUGUUACUUAUACCUCUGUCAUUCAAGGAGUGUGCAAUUCCGGCCGAUUGAAAGAGGCCCAAAGAUUGCUGAGUCAUAUGGUGCAAAGCAGAGUCAUGCCGAAUGUUCAAACCUUCACUAUUCUGGUGGAUGCACAUUGUAAAGAGGGAAUGCUUGUAGAAGCAGAGGCCAUAAUCAACCAGAUGAUUCAAUUAGGUAAAAUGCCUAAUACUGUCACUUAUACUGCAUUGUUGAAUGGUUAUUGUUUGCAAAAUAGGAUGGAUGAUGCUAUGGCAGUUCUUCAUUUGAUGGUUGAAAGAGGCUGCUCACCUAAUGUUGUUUGUUAUAACACGUUGAUUAAUGGAUACUGCAAAGGGAAAAGAGUUGACAAAUCAAAAAUACUGUUCCAAGAAAUGCUUGAAAGGGGCUUGAAUCCUGAUGUCAUCACGUACAACACUCUCAUAAAUGGAUAUUGCCAGAUUGACAAAGCCAUGAUAUUGUUUCGAAAGAUGGAAGGUUCCAAAUUUGUCCCAAACAUUGUGACUUACAAUAUUAUAAUGAAUGGCAUGUGUAAUGCCAGAAAGCUCGACGAUGCUAAGGGGCUGUUUGAUUGUUUGCAUGCUCAAGGCUUGCAACCUGACGUGUGGGCAUGUAACAUUCUCAUGCAUGGGUUGUGCAAAGGAGGACGUACAAAGGAAGCAUAUCAACUCCUAAAGGAGAUGGAAGGAAAUGGAUGCUUCCCAGAUGGGGUCACUUAUAACACAAUAAUCCAAGGACUACUAAGAAAUAACAAAAGUACUAGAGCCGCGCAACUUGUCAGUGAAAUGGUUGAAAGGGGUUUUUCUGCAGAUGUAGCAACAAUGGAGUUGUGGGUCAAAUAUCUCGUGACAGAUGGAACUUCCUUUUCAAGUAGAACUCUCCAUUGUCUCUGA